AUGGACGUCCCAGCGGCGUCCCCGUGCCGGCCGCAGCGAACGGAUUCACAACGCCGCCAGGAGCGCCGCCGGGGGCGCCGCCGGGAGUGCCGGGGCUCGCCGCCCCACCUCUGUCCGCCGCUGCGGCGGCGGCUGCGCUCCGGAGGCGCAUUCCCCAGGGGGGCCCUGCCGGACGAUGGGUACUGCUGGCUGAAAUACGGGGAGAAGCGGCUUGCGCGCAGUGGAAACUCGAAGAUUAGGUCAUACUUCAAGUGCGCUAGCUCAAUGCUUCGAACGACAUCAGCGGAGACACCACGGCCUGCGGAUUCCGGAUUUUCUCCUGGAGUGAAUCGCUCGGUCCGAAACGGGAACCUGUUCCGGCAGGGGAAUGUGGCGGACGGGGUCGGAGGAGCAAGCACGGCGGGAGGAGUGGUAAGUGGUGUGGCACAAGGGGCGGCAAGUGGAGUGGCAGACGGACGUGGGAUGGCAGCAUUUGCGAGCGCAGGAGCGGCGCCAGCAUUUCCCAGCCCUGGAGGAGGGGCGGCAGCGACUUUUCCCAGCCCAGGAGGGGCGGCAGCGGUGCCAUUUCCCAGCCCAGGUGGGCCGGCAGCACUUGCAAGCCCAGGAGGGGCGGCAGCAUUUGCCAGCCCAGGAGGGGCGGCAGCAUUUGCCAGCCCAGGAGGGGCGGCAGCAUUUGCCAUCCCAGGAGGGCGGCAGCAUUUGCCAGCCCAGGAGGGGCGGCAGCAUUUGCCAGCCUAG